AUGACUGAACUUGAUUCUCACAAGGCUAUUGUUGCUGAAUUUAAUAAAAUUUGGCAAGAACAAGAAAGUAAAUGGAAAGAACUCUUUGAAAAUAGACAAAUGACUACUACUGGAGAUAAUAGGUAUUGGCAUGAUAGAGAACAUAUUCGGUUUUUGGUUUGUAUAAAGUUUUUAAAAGCUACUAAGUGUAGUGGACUUCCAGUUAAACAAAUAGCCAUGUAUAUUUAUACAAGAAAUGGUAUCCAAGUUAGAACUCAUGCUCAAAAAUAUUUUAAAAAUAUUAGAGAAUUAAAACCUGAUGAAGAAGAAAAGGUGAGUCUUCUCCUUGAAAGAGAUAAAUAUUUACUUCAAAAUUUAUUCUCUCAACAAAAGAAAACACAUAUUAAAAAAAGUAAAUUGUAA